CGGUGCGAAGCGCCCAUGUUCCCCGUUCCCCCGACCGCGCACGGGACCCCCGGGCUGCAGCGGCCCUCGGCGCGCGGGGCGGGGCGGGGCGGGGGUGUGUCCUGCUCCCCGCCCGGGGCAGCGGGGUCCGCUCUCCUCUGCCGGGCGGCAGCGGCUCCACUCGUCGCUUGGCCGGCCCGGGGCGGGAGGCUCGCUGUUCCCAUGGCACGGGACAGCCUGCCGCUGCUCCUGCUCCUGGCGGCGCUCGGCAGCCGAGCUCAGCAGCAGCCGCCGCCGCAGCAAAGAGGUUUGUUUCCUGCGGUGCUGAACCUGGCUACCAAUGCUGUCAUCACAACCAAUGCUACCUGUGGAGAAAAGGGUCGGGAAAUGUACUGCAAACUUGUUGAACAUGUACCUGGACAGCCUGCAAGGAACCCUCAGUGCCGUAUUUGUGACCAAAGGAGCAGGGUUCCACAUCAACGACAUCCAAUAACAAAUGCAAUUGAUGGCAAGAACACUUGGUGGCAAAGUCCUAGUAUCCAGAAUGGAAUUGAAUAUCAUUAUGUGACCAUUACGUUGGAUCUCCAACAGAUCUUCCAGAUUGCAUAUGUUAUUGUGAAAGCAGCUAACUCACCUCGACCUGGGAACUGGAUAUUAGAGCGUUCAUUGGAUGGUAUAGACUAUCAGCCAUGGCAGUAUUAUGCUAUAACGGACAGCGAGUGCCUGACACGCUACAACAUUCAUCCCCGUCCUGGAACUCCAUCUUAUAUAAAAGAUGAUGAAGUCAUAUGCACUUCUUAUUAUUCCAAAAUCCAUCCUCUUGAGAAUGGAGAGAUUCACACUUCUCUAAUUAAUGGACGGCCUAGUGCUGAUGAUCCUUCACGCGUGUUACUGGAAUUCACCUCUGCUCGCUUUAUUCGCUUGAGAUUUCAAAGGAUACGGACAUUAAAUGCUGAUUUGAUGAUGUUCGCACACAAAGAUCCAAAGGAAAUUGAUCCCAUUGUUACAAGGAGGUAUUACUAUUCUAUAAAAGAUAUCUCUGUUGGAGGCAUGUGUAUAUGUUCUGGCCAUGCAAAGGCUUGUCCUCUGGAUCCAGUGACCAAUAAAUCCGUCUGUCAGUGUGAGCACAACACAUGCGGAGAGACAUGUGAUCGGUGUUGUCCUGGUUUCAAUCAACAGCCUUGGCAUGCUGGCACUUUCCUGGUUAAGCAUGAAUGUGAACCAUGCAACUGUCAUGGGAAGACUGAAGAAUGUUACUAUGAUCAGGGUGUUGCAGACAGAAAUCAGAGUUUGAAUGUCCAUGGAGAAUACAUUGGAGGUGGAGUGUGUGUGAAUUGUACAAACCACACUGGUGGCAUAAACUGUGAGACCUGUAUCGACGGUUACUUCAGACCUAAAGGGGUAUUGCCAGAUAGCCCAGAUCCAUGCCAGCCAUGUUCCUGUGAUCCAAAUGGGUCUUUAAAUGAUACCUGUGUCAAAGAUGAGAAACAUGCAGAAGAAGGUAUGCUGCCUGGUUUCUGUCACUGCAAGACUGGCUACACAGGAGAAAGCUGCAAUAGAUGUGCAUUGGGUUAUACAGGAUAUCCUGAGUGCCUGCCCUGUGACUGCUUACUGAAAGGCAGUGUGAAUGUUGACCCUUGCAUUGGUCCCUGCAUCUGCAAGGAACAUGUUGAAGGAGAAAACUGUGACCGUUGCAAACCAGGUUUCUUCAAUCUGCAGCAAGAUAAUCCCAAGGGCUGUGAGGAGUGUUUCUGCUCGGGAAAAACAGAUGUUUGCACGCACUCUCGCCUUACCUACAGGAGUGUAGAAGACAUGAAUGGCUGGUAUCUGACUGACUUACCAGGUAUCAUCAGAGUUACCCCUAAGCACAAGAGAUUUGAUGGCCAUCAGCAGUUUAGCAUCAGCAAUGUGGCUGCGCGAAAAGUACUGCCGCAGAUUUAUUAUUGGAGUGCACCCAGUUCUUAUUUGGGCAACAAAGUAGCAGCUGCUGGAGGACAUCUGAAAUUUACAGUCUCCUAUGACUUCACAGAGGAAGAGAAGGCAGUUCAAUUGAUGGUUCAAUCUGAUGUCAUCAUUGAGGGAGGUGACUUGAGAAUCAGCACUACCAAAGAGGGGAUUCACCUGCAGCCUUUUGAAGAGCACACUGAAGAAAUUGUGCUGAAACCAGAAUCUUUCUCUUUGCAUGAUACUGACGUUCCAAUCAGUAGGAGGGAGUUCAUGACUGUUCUUGCAAACGUGAAGAGGAUCCUCCUAAGAGCUACAUACAGCUAUGAGAUGAAUGCCAUCUACAGGCUAAGAAGCGUUAGCAUUGAAGCUGCUGACCAUGCUUCAACUGGGAGAAAGGUGGCAUCUGCAGUGGAGUUAUGUGACUGUCCCCCAGGGUAUGAUGGUACCUCGUGUGAGUCUUGCUGGCCUCGACACAGGCGUGUGAAUGGCACAAUUUUUGGUGGAAUCUGUGCACCAUGCACAUGCUUUGGUCAUGCAGACUUUUGUGAUGAUAUCACAGGAGAAUGCCUGGACUGCAAACACAACACAGGUGGUUCAUAUUGUGAUAGAUGUCUUCCUGGCUUCUAUGGUGAUCCUACUAAAGGAACAGCAGAAGACUGUCAGCUGUGUGCUUGCCCCCUAAACAUACCUUCUAACAAUUUUAGCCCGAUAUGCCAUUUUGACCGAAGCCGUGGAUUAAUAUGUGAUGAAUGCCCAGCUGGGUACAUGGGACCACGCUGUGAAAGGUGUGCAGAAGGCUAUUUUGGACAGCCUCUAAUACCAGGGGGAUCGUGCCAGCCUUGCCAGUGUAAUGACAACCUUGACUUCUCCAUUCCUGGCAGCUGUGACAGCUUGUCUGGUGCUUGCCUGAAGUGUAAGCCAGGUACAACAGGCCAAUAUUGUGAGAGGUGCGCUGAUGGAUAUUUCGGUGAUGCUCUUGAUGCAAGGAACUGUCAACCCUGCCACUGUCACAUUAAUGGCUCAUUCUCAGAGAUCUGUGACUCUCGGACAGGCCAAUGCCAGUGUAAAGCCAAUGUGAUUGGGCGCCGAUGUGAUGCCUGCCAGCCUGGAACCUUUGGGUUACAGUCUUCAAGAGGUUGUGUUCCCUGCAACUGCAACUCUUUUGGUUCCAAAUCCUUCGACUGUGAUGGAGACGGACAGUGUUACUGCCAGCCUGGAGUGACAGGAAAGAAGUGUGACCGUUGUGCUCAUGGAUUUUACAACUUUGAAGAAGGAGGCUGUACUCCCUGUGAAUGUUCACGUUUCGGUAAUAACUGCGAUCCCGUCAGUGGCCGCUGUAUCUGCCCUCCCAAUACUGUUGGAGAGAUGUGUGACAAAUGUGCACCACAUUACUGGGGCCACAAUAUUGUCAGUGGCUGCAAGCCCUGUGACUGCAGCCUCGUUGGAGCCCUGAGUUCUCAGUGUGACUUAAAUACAGGCUGUUGCUUCUGUCGCCCUGAAUUCUCUGGGGAAAAAUGCACUGAGUGCAGGUCAGGCUACUGGAAUUAUCCACAAUGUGUUGCUUGUCAGUGCUUCCUGGCUGGGACUGAUCCACAGAGCUGUGAUACAGAGAUGGGGAAGUGCUCAUGCGUUGAUCAUACUGGCCAAUGCAGCUGCAAGGUUAAUGUGGAAGGUGUCCACUGUGACAGGUGCAAGUCUGGUACAUUUGGUCUCUCUGCCAGAAACCCACUUGGCUGCAGCAGUUGCUAUUGCUUUGGCCUGACUACGCAGUGCAGUGAGGCAAGGGGGCUGAUUCGCAUGUGGGUGACCUUGAAGCCAGAACAAAUGAUUCUACCGCUGGUGGAUGAAAAUCUUCAGCGCAGCACUAUUUCAGGGAUUACAUUCCAGCCUCCUGAAAUAGUAGCAAAUAUAGAACAGGUGAUGCAGGAUCUUCGGUCAGAACCUGUUUACUGGAGACUUCCAGAGCAAUUUGAAGGACAAAAGCUGACCACUUACGGAGGGAAACUGAAAUAUGCAAUCUACUUUGAAGCACGAGAAGAGACAGGUUUUACUACGUAUUACCCGCAAGUCAUCAUAAGAGGUGGGCCUCCCACUCAUGCAAGGAUUAUUGUUCGGCACAUGGCUGCCCCUCUGAUUGGGCAGCUGACAAGGCAUGAGAUAGAGAUGACAGAGCAUGAGUGGGAAUACUAUGCUGAUGACCAAAGAGCUAGGAACACUAUGCCCUGGGAAUAUUAUCAUGAUAACACAGGUGUCAACAGGACGGUGUCCCAGGCAGAUUUGACAUGGAAGCAUUAUGGAGAUGACUCAAGACCAAGCAGAGCUGUAUCCCGGGAAGACUUCCUGAAUGUGUUGCAUGAUGUUCAUUACAUUCUUAUUAAGGCUACUCAUGGCAACAUUAUGAGGCAGAGCAGGAUUUCUGAAAUCUCAAUGGAAGUUGCUGAAGUUGGCACUGUAUCUGGGGUGACUCCUCAGGCAUACUUGAUUGAGAAAUGUGACUGCCCAUUGGGUUAUUCUGGUUUGUCUUGUGAGUCAUGCUCUCCAGGAUUUUAUAGGCUUCCUUCUUCACCUGCUGGAAGGACACCUGCUCAGUCCUUAGGUGCCUGUGUUGCAUGUCAGUGUCAUGGACACAGUACUAUGUGUGACCCUGAAACAUCAAUUUGUCAGAAUUGUCAGCACAAUACUGCUGGUCACCACUGUGAGAGAUGUGCACUAGGAUUUUAUGGCAUUGUCCAGGGCUCUCCAGAUGACUGUCAGCCUUGUGCUUGUCCCCUAUCCAUUUCUAGUAACAAUUUUAGCCCUUCUUGUGUUGCGGAAGGAUCUAGUGAUUACCGGUGUACUGCAUGCCCACCUGGAUAUGAAGGCCAGUAUUGCGAAAGAUGUUCUCCAGGCUACACAGGAAAUCCACAAACUCCAGGAGGCUCCUGCCAGGAAUGUGAGUGUGAUCACUAUGGUUCCCUGCCUGUUCCCUGUGACCCUGUCACUGGACAGUGCACUUGCAAGCCUGGAUUCACAGGGUGGAAGUGUGUUGGCUGUGAGCAUCGGCAUGCACGUGAUGGCAUGAAAUGCAUUUCUUGUGAUGAUGAAUGCACAGGACUGCUUCUCAGUGACCUGGAUCAGCUAAACCAGAUGAUUCUCAGUGUUAACCUUAGUGGUCCACUUCCUGCUCCAUAUAAAAUGUUGCAUGGUUUUGAGAACAUGACACAAGAAUUAAAGCAUUUACUUUCACCUCAGCGAGCACCAGAGAGACUUCUUCAGCUAGCACAAGACAAUCUGGAUACCCUGGUGACGGAAAUGGAUGAACUACUGACAAGAGCUACCAAGGUGACAGCAGAUGGUGAGCAAACCGGGCAGGAUGCUGAGAGGACUAAUGACAGAGCGAAAUCUCUUGGACAGUUUGUCAAAGGCAUUCUCCAAGCUGCUGAAGCUGCAAAUGAAGAUGCUAUAAAAUUGAACCAGACACUCGGAACCAAAGAUGAGACCUUGGAGAAGAGUCUUCCAGAACUGCAGAGUGAGGCUGAAAGAAUGAUCAUGGAGUUGAGAAGUCGAGAACUGAAUAUGCAAGAAAGAAUAGCUCAAGAUGAGUUAAAGAAUGCAGAAGGUGUUUUGGACAAGGUGAAGAAAUUAUUUGGUGAGCCUAGUGAGAAAAAUGAGGAUCUCAAAAAUGAGGUCCGGGACAAGCUAGCAGACUACCACACCAAAGUUGAUGAUGCUCGAGAUCUGCUAAGAGAAGCUACGAAUAAAAUUAGGGAGGCUGAUCGUUUAUCUGCAGUCAACCAAAAAAAUAUGACCAUGGUAGAGAAAAAGAAGCAAGCUGUAGAAGACAGCAGACAAGACGUUGAAAAAAGCCUGCAGGAAGGGAAUGAUGUCCUCGUUGAAGCCAACAAACUUGCAAACAAUAUCAGUUUAGCUGUAGAGUAUGUAGAAGGCAUUGCAGAUAAAAUACAGUCGAUGUCUGAUCAGCUGAAGGAUAAAAUAGAUGAUUUAUCACAAGAAAUUCAUGACAGGAUGCUUCCGGAAAAGGUGUUGCAAGCUGAAAAACAUGCAGCCCAGCUGAAUGAAUCGUCUGCAAUACUGGAUGGAAUCCUUGCUGAAGCCAAAAACCUCUCUUUCAAUGCCACACUUGCUUUCAAUGCUUAUACUAACAUCAAGGAUUACACAGAUGAAGCUGAGAAAGUUGCCAAGGAAGCCAAGGCUCUUGCAAAUGAAGCUAUGCAAGCGACAUCUGGUCCUCAAGGUUCAUUGAAGGAUGGUGCUAAGAACUCUCUUCAGAAAAGCUUCAGGGUCCUGAAUGAAGCCAAGAUGUUUGAAAAUGAUGUUAAAGAAAAGAAGGAUGACCUGGACAGCAUGCGGAACAGGCUGAAAAAUGCUGAUGAGAAGAAUUCCAUUCUCCUGAGAGCUUUGAAUGAAACCUUAGGAAAGCUGUCCACCAUUCCUAACGAUACAGCUGUAAAGGUACAGGCAGCCAAAGACAAAGCAAGACAAGCCAACGAUACAGCAAAUGAUGUCCUGGCCCAGAUUAAAGACCUCAACCAGAAUCUCCUUGGCUUGAGAAACAACUACAGUAAACUUGCAGAUGAUGUGGCAAAAACAAAUGCUCUUGUGAAAGAUCCUAUCAAGAAUAUUGCUGAUGCAGAUUCCAGUAUUAAAACCCUAGAAAAGGAAGCAGAUCGCUUACUAGAUAAAAUCAAGCCAAUCAAAGAACUUCAGGAUAACUUAGGGAAAAAUAUUUCUCAGAUAAAAGAGCUGAUAAACCAAGCUCGAAAGCAAGCCAAUUCGAUCAAAGUGUCCGUGUCCUCUGGAGGCAACUGUAUUCGCACAUACAGACCAGAAAUAAAGAAAGGAACAUACAAUACUGUCAUUGUCAAUGUGAAGACUGUAGUUGCUGACAAUCUGCUUUUUUACCUUGGAAGUGCCAAAUUUACUGACUUCUUGGCCAUAGAGAUGCGCAAAGGCAAGGUGAGCUUCCUGUGGGAUGUGGGAUCUGGUGUUGGACGAGUGGAGUAUCCAGAUCUGACCAUUGACGAUGGGUUUUGGUACCGGAUUGAAGCCUCUAGGACUGGGAAAAAUGGGUCAAUAUCAGUGCGAGCUCUGGAUGGUCCUAAAGCCAGCAUCGUGCCAGCCACAUUCAGUGCUGUCUCUCCACCUGGGUAUACCAUUCUGGAUGUAGAUGCUAAUGCCGUGCUGUUUGUUGGUGGUUUAACUGAAAAAAUAAAGAAGUCAGAUGCUGUGAGAGUCACCACCUUCACUGGCUGCAUGGGUGAAACCUUUCUAGACAGCAAGCCCAUAGGACUGUGGAAUUUCAGGGAUAUUGAAGGUGACUGUAAAGGAUGUGCUGUCAGCCCACAGGUGGCAGACAGUGAAGGGACAGUCCAGUUUGAUGGCGACAGCUAUGCCAUGGUGAGCCGCCCAGUCCGCUGGAACCCCAAUAUUUCCACAGUCAUGUUCAAAUUCAGGACCUUUUCAUCGAAUGCCCUCUUGAUGUAUCUUGCUACUGAUGACUUGAAGGAUUUCAUGAGUGUAGAACUCAGUGGUGGGCGCAUAAAAGUGAGCUACGAUCUAGGUUCAGGUACAGCUUCUGUUACCAGCAACCAAAAUCAUAAUGAUGGCAAAUGGAAAUCUUUCACCCUGUCAAGAAUUCAAAAGCAAGCUAACAUAUCGAUUGUAGACAUAGACACCAAUGAAGAAGAGACCAUAGCAACAACUUCUUCAGGCAGCCACUUUGGACUCAACUUAAAAGGGCAUGAGAAAAUAUAUUUUGGGGGAUUGCCAACUCUGCGAAAUCUGAGGCCUGAAGUGAACUUAAAGAAAUAUACAGGUUGCCUCAAAGACAUUGAAAUUUCAAGGACACCGUAUAAUAUAUUGAGUAGUCCUGAUUUUGUUGGUCUAACCAAAGGAUGCACACUAGAGAGCAUUUAUACAGUUAGCUUCCCCAAGCCAGGUUUUGUGGAACUGCCGCCUGUCUCCUUUGACAUAGGCACAGAAAUCAACCUCUCCUUCAGCACCAAGAAUGAGUCUGGAAUCAUCUUGUUUGGCACAAGUGGCACAGUUGUCCCCCCAAGGAGAAAGCGCAGGUACACUGGGAGGAAAGCUGCCCCACUGAGGAGAAAGCGCAGACAAACGGGGCAGGCCUACUAUGCAGUGUUCUUGAACAGAGGUCGACUAGAAGUGCACCUCUCCACUGGGAUACGGGAUCCCCACAGAAUCACCAUCAAACCAGAGUCUGGCGAGUUUCACGAUGGCAGAGCACACUCCAUCCGGAUAGAAAGAGCUAAAGGGAUGUUCACUGUACAAGUAGAUGAAGACAAAGGCCAGACUCAGAGAUUGCCAACAGACCACCCCAUCUCUGUUAGGAAACUCUUUGUAGGGGGUACUUCUUCUCAGUUUCAGACUGCACCUCUCAGGAAUAUACCACCAUUUGAGGGCUGUAUAUGGAAUCUUGUCAUUAAUGCCACCCCCAUGGACUUUGCUCAACCAGUGUCCUUUGAAAAUGCGGAUAUCGGACGAUGUCCCUCUCUGGAACCAGAGGUUAGGCCACCUGAGGAUGAAGAUAAACCAGUCCGCACAGCCGUCCUGGUACAACCUGAACCAGACACUAAUGGGGAGGAAGAAAGACCAAGGACGACUCCUGCUUCCCUUCCUCCUCCAACACCAUCUCUCUCUUUAGCACUUGAUUCACUUGCUACUGAAAUGAAGAGCGCCAGCAUUGCUUCUGCAUUUGACUCCAUGACGGACUCCUGUGCUGCUGACACAGAACCAGCCGUUUUGGAAGGUGGCAAGCAAUUUGGUCUUUCAAGGAACAGCCAUAUUGCAGUUGCAUUUGAUGACACCAAGGUGAAAAACAGACUUACAAUUGAAUUUGAAGUCCGAACAACAGCUGAUUCUGGCUUGCUGUUCUAUAUGGCCCGCAUCAACCAUGCCGAUUUUGCUACAGUUCAGAUAAAGAAUGGGCUGCCUUACUUCAGCUAUGAUCUCGGGAGUGGAGACACCAACACAAUGAUUUCCAACAAAAUAAGUGAUGGCCAGUGGCACAAGAUAAAAGUAAUUCGAAUGAAGCAAGAAGGAAGCCUCAUUGUAGAUGAUGUUUCAAAUAGGACUGUUAGUCCCAAGAAAGCUGAUAUAUUGGAUGUUGUCGGAAUGCUGUAUGUUGGUGGAUUGCCCAUUAACUACACAACUAGAAGAAUUGGUCCGGUCACCUAUAGCAUCAAUGGCUGCAUCAGAAAUUUUAAAAUGACAGAAUCACCCGUUGACUUGGAUAAUCCAACUUCCAGCUUCAAUGUUGGCAAAUGCUUUGUCACUGCACAGGAAGGAACAUACUUUGAUGGAACAGGCUUUGCCAAAACAGUUGGUGCAUACAAAGUUGGAACAGACCUGCUCGUGGAGUUUGAAUUCCGCACAACACAAAUGAACGGUGUUCUGCUGGGAGUCAGCAGCCAGAAAAUGGAUGGGCUUGGCAUCGAAUUAGUAGAUGGAAAAGUGAUGUUUCACGUUGACAACGGAGCAGGCCGAUUCUCUGCUAUCUAUGAGCCCGACGCACCAGGCAGCUUGUGUGAUGGACAGUGGCACAAGGUUCUAGCCAAAAAGAUCAAACACCGUUUAGAGUUGAUUGUGGAUGACAGACAGGUGGAUGGUAGCAGCCCAAACAGGGCCUCAACCUCAGCAGACACUAACGACCCUGUCUUUGUUGGAGGAUAUCCUGAUGGUGUGACCCAGUUUGGGCUGACGACUAAUAUCCGUUUUAAAGGAUGCAUUCGAUCUCUGAAGCUCACCAAGGGUACUGCUAAACCUCAAGAGAUUAACUUCAGCAAAGGUCUGGAGCUGAAAGGUGUUCAGCCAUUGUCAUGCCCUGCAAACUAAGUGUCAUUCAGCCAGUAUGAGGCUGUUUGUUUAUAUAAGUACCUCUGAUUUAAAACAAAACAAAAAGAAAAAAAUCUAUAUAUACAUUGCAUUCAUAAUAAAAUGUCUUUAUGCAAGUAUUUGAGUAGUGUUUGUGGUAUAUUGAAGUGGCUAUUUCAGGGUAGCUCCCAAGAAUGCAAGGUCUAAUCCUUUCCCCUC